CUCCCGGUUCGUCAUCACAAAAGUCAAAAGGGCAUGCUAACCCGAAAUGAAACAUCAUAUAGCAUACAACACGCACUCUUGCCACCUCACAUACUACCAGGAUCCUAGUCUACAGCACGCCUGAUCUGGAAUAUGCCACCAGCAAAGGGAGGAAACUCGAAAAAGGAGGCCGGAAGGGCCAAGAAGGAGGAGAACGAGAAUAAGAAGAAGUCCGCCGCCUCCGCCAAAGCUGAAGCUGCUGAAGCUGAAGAAUGGUCAAAGGGAGCCAAAGACGGUUCCAAAGCCGACAAGGCUAAAGAAAAGGCAGCCGAGGCUGAACGCAAGAAGGCGGAAAAGGCACGAUUACUUGCCGAAGAGGAAGCCAGCCUACCUUCAAAGCCGGUAGCCAAGGGAGGAGCGAAGAAGUCUGGGGACAAGAAGAAGGACGUGCGACCUGCUGGACCGGGAGCGAUUGCCGCGGGAGGUGGAUUGGGAGGUUCAGCGACCGGCAGCGGGAGCUCGACACCGGACGUCAAGAAGACGGGCUUUGAGCCUGAGCCGGAGAUUCAUAUCAAGGCGACCGGAUUGGACAACAUGUUGGAAGCGCUGGAGAUCGUCAAUGCCAAGGGAGACAAGGCGAACAUCGGAGCUCAAGCUGGUCUGAUCGAGAAACACCCGGAGCGACGUUUCAAAGCGGCCUUCGAAGCCUACCUCGAGAGAGAGAUGCCGGAACUCAAGAAAUCCCACCCUGGGCUGCGGAAGCAGCAGAUGCACGAUAUGCUUUACAAGCAGUUCCAGAAGGCUCCCGAGAACCCAUUCAACCAAGUCUCAGUGGCUUACAACGCUACCAAGGACGAAAAGGUCUCUGCGCUCAAAGAGUCUCGGGCGGAGAGGGAACGAGCGUUCGCAGGAUCGCCUGCUACGUAACGUAGCCGAAUUUCAUCAAGCGGAGGGACGGUCGGAUACAGUAGCGUGAGGGGACGUAAAUAACAUGCUCGCGUGCGGGGUGGGAUUGCGAAUCAUAUAAAUAAUUGCAUAUUGAGGAGAGUUCUGGGGAGAUCGUUCACAAUGGCUAGGAAGGCCUCGGUUUCUAAAGAUGACAUCAUUAACCGGGAAUUGA